UCAUUUUAAGAUUAAAUCCUCUUUUUUCAAGAUCUCACCGCCUACACUAUAUUCCUAUCACCAAAAUGGCGAAACCUAAAGAAAUGGUAGUAGUUGAAGAAGAAGUGAAAUCGGAGGGUCUCGAAAUCACUUCCAUUGGAUCUCUAUAUGAAGGUUCUUGGGAGAAGAAGUACUGGAGCUCCUCUAGGGGGAAAGAUCGCUACCCUUACCCAGUGGGAUUCCAUGCUGUUCGAGCUCAUAAUGGGAGUACCUGCAAGAUGGAAAUUCAUGAAGGUCCUAAAGGGCCUUUAUUUACGAUCACUUCUGCUGGUGGGCCUUCUUGUUCUGGGCAAACACCAGAUAUUGCAUGGGAUAAGUUUCAGAAGAAAUAUUGUCCCCGCAUGAAGACAUGGCAUGGAAAGAGACUUUCAUGCAAGAUAGAUGGCGUGGAGUUUUUCGGGUUCAAAAAUUCAUUUGUCCAGAGGUUACUUCGAGAACUGGUGGCAAAUGUCAACGGGACAGCAGAAAGGAACUUAUUAUCUUCCAGCUUAUGCAACGGGGCUUCCGAUAGAGAGCAUGAUAAACAUCCAGAUGCAUGCAUAAAUCUAGAUUUACAGUCGGACAUCGAGAGAACAAAGAUUACAAACAAGAGAAGUAGAUGUGAAAUAAAAAAUACAAAGCCAGUUGGUAGGAAUGGCCUUAAGAAACCUCGAUCUCAAGGUUUGAAAUGCGAUUCUGAGGCUACAAGCUCAGUACAAGUAAAUCAGAGGAAUCAUAAGCAUGGAAGUUCUAUGCCUCUUUCUGCUUCUGAAGAAGGGAAUGACUUUCAUAAAAAUCAAGGAGCUUUGGCAGCAUCAGAGAACUUGAUUUUUAAAACAGCUGAGGGGGAAGAUGGUUACUUUUCGGCUAAAGACAGUUUUCCUUCAGUAUCCGUUGACUUUUCUGCUAAUCUCUCUGAGGGAACUGUUCCAGCUCAAAAAAUGAACAAACUUGUGGGUUCUGAAAUUGUUAAAUCCACUAGAGUGACCAACAACUUGACUGAAGAGGAAAACCUGUCAAAUAAUUUCAGCUUUCUGGUAGCAGCAGAAGAUAAAGCUGGAGAUGCACCAAUCGCCAAUGACUCUCUUGGUGUAGAAACUAUCAAUCUCUGCGCCCCUGAUCCUUUAGAUUUUGUGCAAGAUAACAGUGCACAUUCCUCACCAGCUACCCAGGAUAAAAGUACCUACAAUCUGAAAGAAGACUUUACCACAGCCCACAAUGUCAUUCCUGAAGGAUUAGUGAUUGAUUCACAUGCAAAAGAAGAAAUGAACACAUUUAAUUCAACUGCAAGUUCUGGAAAGAGUGAUUCUGAUUCAAUUGGUCAGGAAAUUGCCACUGCUAUGAUGACAGUUCUACUCCCACAAGCAAUUCCUCUGCUUAAUAAGGUCUCAAGGAAGAAAAAGGCAACCCUUAAAGCUUCUGAAUCUUUGUCUUGUAGGGUGAAUCCCAAGAAGAAUGAUGAAACUAGCCGCUUUGUGGAUGCUUCAUUUCCAGCUGCAAUGAUAACUGAGAAGACAAAUGUGGAAAUGGAGGAAAAGAUGCAAAUCCCCAAAAUAAAUCUUGGUUCAGCUCCAAGUUUUGAACAUUCCAUGUCUGUUAUUCUUGACAGUUUUGAUGAUGAUGUAUGGGGUGACCAUAUAACUAACCAAAUAGCAUUGUCUUCCAAAACUUUGAAAGCUGAUCAACCUGGCAUUGAUAAAGAUAAAAAUCUUUUGACCACUCGAAAAGAGAAUGUUGGAGAUGUGAGAAACGAAUCAUUAGUUUGUGCUCAGAACAGCAAGAACAAAAAUAUCUUGUGUCAUGAUGAAAUAAACAUGAUUUUGGAUAAAAAGCUUCCAGAAAGUGAUUUUUUCGGGUUCAAAAAUUCAUUUGUCCAGAGGUUACUUCGAGAACUGGUGGCAAAUGUCAACGGGACAGCAGAAAGGAACUUAUUAUCUUCCAGCUUAUGCAACGGGGCUUCCGAUAGAGAGCAUGAUAAACAUCCAGAUGCAUGCAUAAAUCUAGAUUUACAGUCGGACAUCGAGAGAACAAAGAUUACAAACAAGAGAAGUAGAUGUGAAAUAAAAAAUACAAAGCCAGUUGGUAGGAAUGGCCUUAAGAAACCUCGAUCUCAAGGUUUGAAAUGCGAUUCUGAGGCUACAAGCUCAGUACAAGUAAAUCAGAGGAAUCAUAAGCAUGGAAGUUCUAUGCCUCUUUCUGCUUCUGAAGAAGGGAAUGACUUUCAUAAAAAUCAAGGAGCUUUGGCAGCAUCAGAGAACUUGAUUUUUAAAACAGCUGAGGGGGAAGAUGGUUACUUUUCGGCUAAAGACAGUUUUCCUUCAGUAUCCGUUGACUUUUCUGCUAAUCUCUCUGAGGGAACUGUUCCAGCUCAAAAAAUGAACAAACUUGUGGGUUCUGAAAUUGUUAAAUCCACUAGAGUGACCAACAACUUGACUGAAGAGGAAAACCUCUUUCUGGUAGCAGCAGAAGAUAAAGCUGGAGAUGCACCAAUCCCCAAUGACUCUCUUGGUGUAGAAACUAUCAAUCUCUGCGCCCCUGAUCCUUUAGAUUUUGUGCAAGAUAACAGCGCACAUUCCUCACCAGCUACCCAGGAUAAAAGUACCUACAAUCUGAAAGAAGACUAUACCACAGCCCACAAUGUCAUUCCUGAAGGAUUAGUGACUGAUUCACAUGCAAAAGAAGAAAUGAACACAUUUAAUUCAACUGCAAGUUCUGGAAAGAGUGAUUCUGAUUCAAUUGUUCAGGAAAUUGCCACUGCUAUGAUGACAGUUCUACUCCCACAAGCAAUUCCUCUGCUUAAUGAGGUCUCAAGGAAGAAAAAGGCAACCCUUAAAGCUUCUGAAUCUUUGUCUUGUAGGGUGAAUCCCAAGAAGAAUGAUGAAACUAGCAGCUUUGUGGAUGCUUCAUUUCCAGCUGCAAUGAUAACUGAGAGGACAAAUGUGGAAAUGGAGGAAAAGAUGCAAAUCCCCAAAAUAAAUCUUGGUUCAGCUCCAAGUUUUGAACAUUCCAUGUCUGUUAUUCUUGACAGUUUUGAUGAUGAUGUAUGUGGUGACCAUAUAACUAACCAAAUAGCAUUGUCUUCCAAAACUUUGAAAGCUGAUCAACCUGGCAUUGAUAAAGAUAAAAAUCUUUUGACCACUCGAAAAGAGGAUGUUGGACAUGUGAGAAACGAAUCAUUAGUUUGUGCUCAGAACAGCAAGAGCAAAAAUAUCCUGUGUCAUGAUGAAAUAAACAUGAUUUUGGAUAAAAAGCUUCCAGAAAGUGAUGUUUGCACGUCUGAGUCUGUUUUAGACUGUAGAUUUUCUGGCAAGAAAGUUUUCUCUGAAAGGGACCACGAUGUUUGUGUAAAUUUUGACCAAAACUCAGCCGGCAUUGGGAUCCAUCUUGUGGAGAAAGACAUCAAAAUUGAAUCCGAUUGCACUGAGGAUGCAAACGAUGCCCACCAAAGGGGUAUGAGUAAUUCAGUGCAACUCUCAGGGAAGGAUAUUUCCACUAAAAUAGCAGCUAGUGAGACUGUCUCUGUUGCGGAAGCUCCAAAAAAAGUAUAUUCCAGAAAGAAGGUCUCAAAAAAAGCUCUUUUAAUAAAAAAAUUCAGUGGUCCUCUCUCAGAAAGUAUCAUAUUCAGAAACUUUGAAAUUGAUUGUGUCCCCAAAACAUAUUGUGCCACAGAAACUUUGGCUGUCUCUGUGAUUAGUGAAAUGAAAUCUUCUGAUGACAAGCAACAUGAAGAAGAUUUUGGUGCUAAAACUAGGCUUGAGGAACAAUCCCAUGUUUCAUCUGUUAUAUCUCAAAAUGCAGCAGUGUUUGGUGACUCCAAAGGAGAGGAACUUUGCAAUUCUUCUGAUCCAUAUGCCAUACACAUGAAGAAAACUGAAGGCCAUUCUGACGAGGAACUGUUUGGGCAAAUGAAGCUUGUAGAGUCUAAUCCUUCUGUAGUAUUUCAGAAACAGAAGACAAGUUUCUCUGAAUAUAACUGUAAUUCCAAGGAAGUUAAAGUUAGUUCAGACACGAAGCUUCAAAAGAAUGUAGAGCUCAAUAAUGAGCUAGAGGGCAUUGUUGACUUUGCAGGAUGCUAUUUCCAUCCCAUGCCUAUUUCUUCAGUGUUGUUAACCACAAAAGGGAAUGAAAUCUACAUUUGUGUUUCAUGUGGCCUUUUGAAUGAGAAGAACAGAACCCUGUUCAUCUACAAGGUAGCAAUUCAAGAACAGAGCGUAGGAUGCCCUUCUUUCAUUGGCCACACAUCAGUAAUUUUGCCAUUUCUAAAAGAUAUAUUCGGUAGAGAUAUUGCACUGGAAACAUCUUGUUGGCUAUUCACUCCAGAUGGACAGUGUCUUGUUUUGCUUGGCAGCAUCGAGACACCUUAUUGCAGGGAAGGCAGAAUUGAUUGUUUGUGCUCAACAUGUACAUUGGAGUGCAGUGAGAAGAAUGCAGUGAAGAUUGUGCAAGCUAAAUCACGUUAUGUCUCUGUUGUUGCAAAUCUCAAAACAGAUGACAGUGUGCAGUGUAUAUUGGUUUGUGAACCUUACUAUGUCAUUGCUGUUGGCGAGAGUGGGAGAAUGCAUGUCUGGGAAAUGGAUUCAACAUGGAGUUGCCUUGCUUCUUUUAUGUGGAGUUGUUUUUUAUUACUUGAUCAUCUAUUCCAAGUGGGGAAAACAAUUUCAUCUGUUCUCACAAUUUGCAGUGCAUGGAUUGAAGAAUUUGUCAUAUCAGUUGAUGAUUACAUAUAUCCUUGCAUAGUGGAGCUGAAGAAAAUCCCAAAUUCUGCUUCUCUUCUUGUUGGUCAUAACGGUUUUGGGGAAUUUGGUUUAUGGGAUAUUUCGAGACGAGCCUUUCUGUCAAGGUUCUGUGCUCCAAGCACUUCAAUUUAUCAAUUCUUUCCAAUAAAUUUCUUUCGUUGGCGAAGAGAUGUCUCUGUUUCAUCAGGAACUACUUUGGCGGAGAACAUCAAAGGAAUUAUGGAUGCAACAAAGUUGUGGUUCUCAAAACACCAUGAGAACAAUUCUUUUCUUCAGUCGGAGGGGGAAGAUAUUGCCAUUUGGUUUCUUGUCUCAACUGCCUCUGUUUCUGAAGCUCAACAUAAUCAUAUAUCAAGUGAUUGCCAAACAAAUCCUGUCAGAUUUUGGAGGCUAGCCCUACUGGUGAAAAACAUGGUUAUCUUGGGAAGUACAUUGGAUCCAAGGGCUGCUGCCAUUGGUGCAUUUUCUGGUCAUGGGAUCAUUGGUACUGAUGAUGGACUUGUGUAUGUAUGGGAACUGUCUUCAGGAACUAAACUUGGUACUCUGCAUCAUUUUAAAGGUGGCACUGUUUCAUGCAUUGCUACAGAUGAUUCAAAUUCACAAGUCUUGGCUGUAGCUGGUGAUGGAGGUCAAUUGCUACUCUAUAUGCAUUCUGGAAAAAACAAUGCAAAUCAAUAAGACUAACAGGUUUUGCUAUCGGUGAGUCGGUAAAUAUAUUCUAACCAUACAGUUCACACACUUGAAAUGGUUUAUUGUUCUAUUUGGGUGCAAAUAUGCAGAGAGUUCUUUUUUCUUCUGUUUUCAUGAAGAAUGUGAGAAGGCCAACAUAUAUGUACUGGAUAAUGAGUGCAACAUAUGUAAUUAGUUUAAAUUCAUUCACGAUUAAGUUGAAAAAUUACUAGAAACAGUGACCAAAACUUUGACUGUGCAUUUGUUUCUCAGCGCUGAUUUUUUCUUUUUUCCAUGAAUUGU